AAAGGCUGGGAAAUUCAAUUCGCAGGACAAGGCAUGAAUGAUUUCAAGAAAAGUGCCAUACCAAAUCCUGCUGAAACUGGUGAGUAUAAUCUUUUCAUCUGGUUGGUAAAUGGUGGUUUAUAGUCCACAAUGAACUCUCACUCUGCUAUUAACGGUAUUCCGUAAAAGGGGAAAGCAGUUGAAAUCUUGGAAAAAAUUGCAAUCGUUUGAAUAAAAUAAUCUCUUGUUGCUGAAGGCCGCUCGUUGGUAGGGUGGUUCCCUGGGUGUCCAUAAUAAGUUUUGUUUUGAAACUAUGUCCAGUGAUGAUCACCUUACGUUUUCUUUAACUUCCUUGCAAUAAAUAAUUCACACCCCAGGAAUAAGUAUUUGUGCAAAGAAAAAGCUGUGGUGAAGAACACAGCAUACACGAAACUGACCACGUUAAAUGUUUUUUUGCUGCGUUUAAGGCCAGACUGUAGGAAAUCCACUACCUUCCGCUUUUUUCGAGGAGCAAGUCCAUGGAGGAAGACAUCCGAGUGAUGACAAGAGAUACACAAUAGGUAUGGUGCUUACUUCUCAGGGAUUACUGAAUUGAUUACAUGCAAAUGAAUAUGAAUCUUCUGAUAUGACCACACUCAGUCUACUAAAUUUGAUAGGAAUUUGGUAAAUUCUAUGACUCUUUCAUUUCGUUGUGAAACGUCCAUGAUUAUUCACCUACGCACAACAUUCCUUUAGCAAAAUCCCAUUCCAUGAGAAACAGAGGUUGUAAAUGACUCCCACAGAACAAAGAUACUCCUUCCAUUUCGUCUUUAUAAGAUUACUUUUAUCCAAAGUUGAUUUUUUUUGUCAUAAUUUGUAUUUUCACAGAGCAAUUGAAUCAUGCUGCGAGACAUCGUAAUGUUUAUUAUGAUACAGUCGGCGGAGAUCCCUAUGGUAAGAAGGGAAAAGAAAGAGAUGAAGAGUUUUUGUUGUUGACACGUAUUAGUAUGUGUAAUCAAAUGGUGACGAGUGAAAUUAGGGAAUAAUUUCACGCGCGUUAUGCCCAAAUCCUUAUAAUUUAAUUAUUAGGAUUUGGACAAAACGCAAGUGAAAUUAUUCCCUAAUUUCACGAGUAUACCAUUUGAUUACCUAUUAAUAUCAUGGGUGACGAAUUACCUUAGCAAUCGAGGAUUUUUGACUUGUUUAUCCUGGAUCGUAUCGAUCGAUCGUGAACUCCACUCUCUCAAAAGUUUAGAGCUGAAAUUUGGCUUAAGUUUUCGGAAUUUUUCGACAACAUACCUCUAAGAAUCCUUCUUGAUGAGCUCUUUCGUAUGUUCAGGUUUUCUAAAGCGUCUUUUUAUGCCCUGACAUCUUCAUUCAUGACAUUUUAAAACUUCGUCGCCAUCUUGAAACGGAGACGUACGGCAGGUUGCCAUGGCAAUGUAGUAAUUUCACAUGUGAAAUUACAAAUUAACGCUGAAAUUUCGCGCCAAAGUUAAGGAGUAAUCCGUCACCUAUGAUAUUACAUGAUAAAAUAAAAUUAGAAUAAAGAAUAAAUGUAUUAAUACUAUUUUGGUGAUGAGAAGCCCAAACUAGAAGCCAGGGAUUUGCAAGGUAUGUGAUCUAGAGUAAAACAAUACAAUACACCCACGCGUAACAUUAAAAAAAGACGCCAAGUUACAGCAAGAACUUACAUAAAACGAAAUGGAACGAUAAUUAAAACUCUUAACAGGAAAGAAGAAUGCAAAAUCUAACAUAUAAUUUUUGUUAAGUUCAGAGGGCAGAUAGAGGAAAAUAGGGAAUUGAGCUGGCAGUAAAUUUGAAUUAGUUGUGUGGUUUUUCAAAGAUGCUUGCUUGGUAUUGGGUAGUUCUGACCUGUUUACAUGGAUAAUCGAACAGGAGUGUUUUAUAACAUACGAAACGUUUAAAAUAUGAUGCGGUAUAUUCUGCAAGUAUGCUGAAGGGUCUUAUGACUUACCGAGUCUAUAAGCUCAAGAGAUGGCCUUCAUAGAGGGGUUGUGGGGGAGUUAAUCACUUACUGUACCAUGAAUGACAUGAUCAAGGGAAAUAUCCAUUUAUAGCGGUCAUCUUGGAAUAAGGACAAAGAAAGUUUAUAUAGACUAAUCUUUCCCACCCUCGGAGCCGCAUCAUUGCUGUAUACAUUUACAAUUUUCCGUUGUAUGCCUUCUCAGUGGCCUGCAUUUUUACAUAUAGCACUUGACAAAAAUAUUUGUAAAUUUGAUUACUCCUUUUGUUAUUCAGUAAUAUGGCUAACAUAACUCUAGAUCAAAAUGACAAGGAUUUUUAGACACAAGACUAGGAACCCUGUUAAGGUUCUUCUCGCGUUGGUGUUAACAAGCUAUCGUAAAGUUCCAAAAGUAACGACCCCUCGAAAGUAGCGAACCUCCGAAGGUAGUGAUAAAAUGUCACAGGUGUUAGCAAAUCCCGAAAGUUACCAUCCCCCCCCCUCCCCCAAAUAACGACCCUCCGAAAGUAGAGACCUCAAAACUAAUUUUCCUUUUUGCAAAAAAUAGAUAUCCUGAAAAAAUGCCACACUGAUCCUAGAUAUGUUAAUAAUGAUUAUUGAACAUUCCUAUUUAUAACUCUUAAAGUACAGGAUAUACAUUACCUUUUCUUCAAAAAGUAUUCGUUUCAUAUUUUUUGCGAUUUUAUUUUUUUAAAGUGCCAAUGUAGAGUACACGUUUUAACCAGCCGAAAGUAAUUACCCCCGAAAGUAAGGAUAGCAGAAUGGUGGUAAAUCCGAAAGCAACGAGGGUUGUUUCUUUCGUAACUUUACGGUAAUGAAAAAAGCAAAAUUGGUCGCUGUUAAUUAUGCCACUUUCAUUCAAUAUUUCAACAGCAUCGAACACUUGCCUAAUGAUUUUAUUUUGAAUAGGUCACAGCAGCACUGUGCUGACGCGUUCACACAUCGCUGUUCCCGGUCACAAGAAGAAGAGGUCGCUUCUGCAAGCUGAAACGGCAAUUUCUGCACGUGAGUAUAAGAACCUUUCACUCACGUGGACAGCACCUAUGUAAAUUUCUUGGGACAAAACGUUUUUACGUGAGAGAAAAAUUCAAUUCACACAGGAUUCUUUGGUACACCAGUAUAGCCGCCGUUCCUUUGCUUUAAAAACCAAUGUGGUCACCGUGAAGUCAUGUGAAAACAAUCUAUACAAUUGAACUAUGGUGCCGAGGGGGAUCAUAUCAGGAUUAAAAGUUGCCUGGGAAACUCUGGGUAUUACCCUGAAAGUUAAAGAAAAUUUCAGCGCUUGUAACACGUUAGAAGAUGUCUAUACUUCAAUUCUUCGGUUAUACUAUGACGUCUUACAACUCCAAACUGCCCUUUAACUAAGAUCCGCCAUAUUGGAUUGCUACUAAAAAAUCAAAGUCCAAAAGUAAAGUUAGUUGCGAUAAAAACAUCGCAUGAACAAAAAUGUGCAGACAAUAAUCUUCUUUGAGAUUUACUCAAAGGACUCAAAAACAUCAACAAAUUGAUCCAAAAAAUAAAAUCCAUUUGUCAGCCAGACAAGAAAGAUAGUAUUUUUGAAUUAACAGCUUUUUCGUUUUUUUAACAUUUUUUUUUAGCCCAAGCGGCUCCUGCAGGUUUCUUUGAGCAAAAAAUUGCUGGGAGAAGACAUCCUAAUGACGAUAAGAGAUACACCAUCGGUAAAUAUUCAUGGCACAGUUAUAAUUUUUUUACAUUGCUACAUUAAUAUUUGUUUGCUAAAUUCGUGUAGAUUCGUCUUUACAGGUACUAAGACUGCGCUUUAUUUUUUUAACCUCAGCUCAGUUAAACCAAGCCGCCAGACACCGAAAUGUAUAUUACGAUACUGUUGGGGGAGAUCCAUAUGGUGAGAGAGGGCGACAUUCUUAAUUAUUUGUUGGCAUGAGUCAGUAACUGAUAUCCAUUGACCACGGGGAAAAGAACGAGGGGAGAAGAUAGAAUGGAUCCAGUAUUUGUGUGAGGAGAGGGGGAGGAUCCAGCAGUAAAAGGGAAAAUGGUGAUCGGUAGCAAAACGACAUUAUACUAUGAACUAUGAAUGAACUACGGUGAAACGGACGUGAGCUAUAGCGGGAUGUGGGAAAGGAAAACAACGUGUUAACUUAAUUUAGAAGAUGGGGGAACUAUCAGAAUCUAGUAUGAACGUAGUAAUGGCACGAAUACGGCGUGAAACGACUUAUUUUCCACGUUAUACUACUUCAUGAGAAAUGUCUGCAAUUUGAUUGGCUUAGAGCAGUGGUAUUUCAGGUUAAUUUGAAAUACCUACAUGUGUAAAUUACAAACCUUUGCGGGUAGUAGUAUAUACAAAUAAUAGCAUGAUUUGUAGUGAUAUUUGGCAUAAAUACCACUCAUGAUAUUUAAAAAUUGUCUCAAAUUACGUAUAACAAUUUCGAAAUAUCACUCGUGGUAUUUAUGCCAAAUAUCACUACAAAAUAUGCUAUUACCUAUACAAAAUCUAACUGUUUCCUACUGCUGAUCAGUGUAACCAAGAGCCAUUAUGGCUCUUGGUGUACACAAAGACUUGGGAUAAGAUUGAUGUGAAAAGUGAUUAACCCUAGCACACAUGCACAGAUUCGGCUCGCAAAUCUCAUCCACCUCGACAUCGCCUUUGGAUAUAGUUCCAUGUUAAGUGCUUUGGACAGAAAAUGGCGAGAUAAAUUUCAUUUCGAGGGGUGGUGUCUAGAUCUAUCUGCCUUAUAGUAUCCAUACAGAUGUAUACUACAGUAUGUGGUAUGCAUCUAGUCGGCUCUGGACUCAUUAGGGUGUUCGUGACGAAUUUUCUCUGUAGAAUAAGAUAACCUACGAAGUGGGCAGUGACAUCCAAAUAUUGACGAAAUUAUAAUUGCAAUAUUUCAUCAGGUAACAGCAGCCCAGUUCUCACCCGUUCACAUAUUGCCGUGCCCGGACAGAAAAAGAAGAGAUCAGCUGAACAAGAAAAGUAA